AAAAAUAUGAUAGCACUCUGCAAAUCAUUCAAAAUUGAAUUCAAUAGUGCCGUUUGGGAGUAAUUUGGAAGGACUCCGUUUUAAUCAAUCAGAGAAAAUUGGACUUCCACGAUGAUUCGAGCUGUAAUAGUGAUGAAUACCCAGGGCAAGCCCCGUAUCACCAAAUUUUACGAGUACCAGUCUGUGGAGAAGCAACAGGAGCUGAUUCGAGACAUAUAUGGGGUGCUUUGCAGUAGAGCUGAAAACGUUAGUAAUUUCAUUGAGGCUGAUGGUAUCUUUGGUCCUGAUACAAAGCUGGUGUACAAGCACUAUGCAACUUUAUACUUCGUAUUUGUAUUUGACAGCUCUGAGAAUGAGUUGGGUAUUCUUGAUCUUAUACAAGUAUUUGUUGAGACAUUGGAUAAAUGCUUCAAGAAUGUUUGUGAACUUGACAUUAUAUUCAAUUUCAACAAGCUGCAUACUGUUCUAGAUGAGAUUAUAAUGGGAGGUCAAGUGGUGGAGACAAACUCUAAUGAUGUUAUCAAGGCUGUCCAAGAAAUAUUGAAAUUGGAGCGGUCAUCGGAAUCGACAUCCCUUGUAGCAAAAGCUACAGGCAGGCAAGUUCGAUGAUUUUUGAGGCUGAUUGCUUAUGGAAUCUGCAAUUCAAAUCACUACACUAGUAUAUCUCUUCUUUUCCACACCCUCCAAAAUUGAAAGACCUGGCUGUUACACUGGAAGGGUAGAGGAACCACUGACAUUUUUAAGUGCAUUGGAUGGAGAUUUUUUUUCCCCUGCAGCUAUAAUUAGUUAAAAGAACAGUUGUGUUUUAAGGGUGCUAAUGGUAACAGAUGUUGUAUUUACCAAUGCAUCCAGAUUUUUUUGUUUUUGGAUGAAAUGAUAUUGUUGUUAGUUUGGAGUGUUUUACGUUGAUAGUUUCUUGAUACAGAAGCUUUUCAUUUAAAUUUUGGGUUCCAAAACUCUCAAUUCACAGUGUACGUCUUUCAUUUUUCUAAUUGGAUUCAUCGGUUUGGUUAAACAAAUUGAACCAAUGAAUAAUGGACCAGCAACCAUUGUAGUUAUAAUUUUUAUGUGCAGGAUCGGUAUCUUUGUUAUAUGGUUAAAACUUGCAAGCUUUUUCUUCUACCUUUAGAAGAUACAAUAUUGAACAACCCUUAAUUACUUUGAUCUCAAAUGCUUUACUUAGAUGCUUAUUGUUGCAGCUAGACAUAAUCAGACUUCGUGGAUUUGGGGAAUGUAUUAUGCAAGGAAUUGUAUUUUUUGAGAAAACAGAAUGAGGAACUGCAACAAAUGAUUUGCAGUCUUCUUACUGGCGUAAUUAUACCAUAUUAAAUUUGCCUCAUUUUCUGCAAUAUUUUUAGUUGUUGAAGCUACAUUUAUAUACAUUCUCUUUGUUACACCGCAAAUGAGUAUGAUUCUCUACCUUUUGCUUGAAUCCUUAGGUUAAUGUUUAAUGCUGCAAAGCUUAAUGCAAUGAAUAUGUUGGAAUUAAUGACUAUUCAUCUUAGUUAUUAAUGGUAAAUAUGUUUAUUAGAACAAUGGACCAUAUGGGUCGUGGCCUGUAAUUUAUCAACAUAACGAGAUUAUAAUGUUGUGUUACCAGUUGGAUAUGAUGCGGUAAAAUGUCUGAAAUGGUCAUGGAUGGAAUAAAAUUAUUUAACGUGGAGGGAGUGCGAAUUUGUGGAAGAAAGUGAUUAAUUUGCAAGUUGUCCGAAAAGUGGCACUAAGGAUUAAUCAACGUAUCAACGUAUCACCCAGCCAUAUAUCAUCACAUUGCUCGGUGCUGCUUAACCAGCAUUGCUGCCAACCAUCAGAUCUCAGCUUGAUCAUUACCAUUGCUUGAGCACCCUCCCUGUGCCGUUAGUUAAAAUGCUAGAACAAUCAGAGGCAGUAUUGCUAUAGCAACCUCCCUAUACUACUAUACUAUUAGACUGAGAAUUGAAACUACAUCUAGUAUUUUUCCUCAGUCAAUGCUGAAUUUGUAUUGUAAACAAGGACGCUAAGCACAAUAGUUUACAUUUGGGCAAACUCAUAUUUAACAAGUCAUUUCAAAUAUUUCUUGUCGGACCUCAGACACAUAUAGCAUUGAAAUUCUUUAUUCUAAUAAGCUUCUGUUUA